UUUGCCCUGGACUGUCAUAGCAAAGCUAGUCUCCUCUGGCCCUAGCUUCCAGAAGCCCUUGACUCUGCCAGAGCUAGCCUUGGAGGAGGACCAGUCAUGUCCACUACCUCUGUGGGCUGCAUCGGGUUUGACAGGAGAAGCUCCCAGGGAACCAGUUAUAUUGGGGAAAAUGCUAACCAGAAUGGUGUAAUAUCCCUGAUCUUCUCUCUCAAAGAAGAAGUUGGGGCACUGGCCAAAGUCUUGCGUCUAUUUGAGGAGAAUGAUGUAAAUCUGACCCAUAUUGAAUCCAGACCUUCCCUUCUAAACAAAGAUGAGUAUGAGUUCUUCACCAACCUAGACAAUCGGAGUGUCCCUGCUCUUGAUGACCUCAUCAGGAGCUUGAGACAUGAAAUCGGUGCCACUGUCCAUGAGCUUUCCCGGGAGAAGAAGAAAGACACAGUGCCAUGGUUCCCAAGAACAAUCCAGGAGCUUGAUAGAUUUGCCAACCAGAUUCUCAGCUAUGGGGCUGAAUUGGAUGCAGAUCACCCAGGGUUUAAAGAUCCCGGGUACCGACCAGGAGGGAGCAAUUUGGCCGGCAUUGCCUACAACUACAGACAUGGACAGCCUUUCCCAAGAGUAGAGUACACUCAGGAAGAGAAGAAAACAUGGGGCUUGGUAUUCAAGACCCUGAAGUCUUUAUAUAACUCAUGCUGCUAUGAGCACAACCACAUCUUCCCUCCUGAAAAGUAUUGUGGGUUUCGAGAAGACAACAUUCCACAGCUGGAGGAUGUUUCUCAGUUUCUACAAAGCUGCACUGGAUUUCGCCUGCGACCUGUGGCUGGUCUGCUGUCCUCUAGGGACUUCCUGGGUGGCCUGGCAUUUCGGGUCUUUCACUGCACACAAUACAUCCGACAUGGAUCUAAGCCGAUGUACACACCAGAACCUGACAUCUGCCAUGAGCUGUUAGGGCAUGUUCCAUUGUUUUCUGAUCGGAGUUUUGCUCAAUUUUCCCAGGAAAUUGGCCUGGCUUCUUUGGGUGCCCCUGAUGAAUACAUCGAGAAACUUGCAACGAUAUAUUGGUUUACUGUGGAGUUUGGACUCUGCAAACAAGGUGAUUCCAUAAAGGCAUAUGGUGCUGGGCUCCUGUCCUCAUUUGGAGAAUUACAGUACUGCUUAUCUGAUAAACCCAAGCUUUUGCCCCUGGAGCUAGAAACAACAGCGAUCCAGGAGUACCCUGUCACCGAAUUCCAGCCUGUGUAUUUUGUGGCUGAGAGCUUCAGUGAUGCCAAAGAGAAAGUGAGGAGCUUUGCCUCAACAAUUCCUCGACCCUUCUCAGUGCGUUACGACCCCUACACCCAAAGGAUCGAGGUUUUGGAUAAUGCCAACCAGCUCAAAAUCCUGGCAGACUCCAUCAACUGUGAAUUUGGAAUCCUCUGCAGUGCCCUUCAGAAAAUAAAAUGAAGAUGUGUGCCAGAUUCUGGAGUGUCAACUUGCUGACUAUGUGCAUGGAAGUCCAGAGUGUUCUUGAAUUAUCCUAUUUGAAACUUCAGAGUUGUCCAUUUUUUUUUUACAAGUAGUCAAAAGCUAGACAUAUUUCCUUUCAUUUGAAAUGACUGCAUACUAGCACACACAAUUCUGUCCUAUUGACCUUUCUGAAUCCUCUGAUUGGGAAAAAAUCAUUCCUCUUUCUCCUGUCUAGUUUUGGCUUAGUGAUCUCCCAUAUUCAUAGUGAGGUUAGUAUACAUUUAGGAUACCAAUUAUUCAAAGUGGCAAAAAGUAACAGAUUUUGUUAAUCAAGACCCAGGUUAAAAUUUUCCCUCUUGCACUCAAUAGUUGUAUAAGCCUGUGGUAGUCACUUCUCCCUGACCUCUUGGCCUGAGUUCCCUGAUCUAUCACAUGGAGGAAUGUUGGAUUUAACUUCAUUCAACAUGAUUUCAUUAAGCACCUACCAUAUGUCAGGUGUUGGAGAUUAUAGGACAAAACCCAAACAGUCCUUUGUCCCAAGGAGUUUACAUUCUAAUGGGGGGAGGUGUGAUGCAGGGGAGAGGGACGGCACCAGCAAUUUAAUUGGUAUAGGGAACUCCCAGGUGAGAAAUCUUCCUCUAUCAAUGCAAGUUAGCAUCUACUCUCAAAUUUAAAGUCCUGAAGAUUUGCCUAAGGCACCAAGAGGAUAAGGAAAUAAGUGGACACAGAUAAGGAAAUAUAAAACAUACACCCAAUUUCAGGGAGAGUGAAAAGCAUAAAAAUGGGAUUGAAAGAAUUGGUACUUACCUCCUAGGAAUUUAGAAUGAGCAGUGUUGGGGCAGCUAGGUGGCGCAGUGAAUAGAGCACUGGCCCUGGAUUCAGGAGGACCUGAGUUCAAAUCCGUCCUCAGACACUUAACACUUACUAGCUGUGUGACCCUGGGUAAGUCACUUAACCCCAAUUGCCUCACCAAAAAAAAAAAAAAAAUUAGCACUGUCAAGGACUUCAGAGGUCAUCUUAUCUAACCUGCUCAUUUUUACAGAUGACGAAACCAAGUACCAUAAAGAUGAAGUUCUUUGUCUAAGGGACAAGUAGCAGAAUCAGGGAUUUGAAUCCAAAUCCUCUGACUUUAGAGCCUAUGGUUUUACCAAUAUGCUAGGCUGUCUCUCCAAUGUAGAUUUCAUAGUGUUGGUAUAUGGUCCAACUGAGAGAAGAUAUCCAAAGUACUUUGCAACCCUUAAAAUUUUAUGUAAAGAUCAGCUUCUUUAUUAUUUUAUCGGCCUGUGAUUUAUUACUUUGUCAGCCUGAUUAUGAACUCCUGAAAGAUUUGUUCUGCUCAGAUGUGAAGUACUACAACACACACACAUAUAACACAGAAUGUAUACACAUGUUUAUGUGCAUAUAAAUACACAUAUAAAAAGCAUAUAUAUGAUGAAUCACAUGUCACAGGCACACACAUACAUAUAUGCAUAUAUGUGUGUGUGAAUGUAUGUAUGUAUGAGAAUCAAACUUCCAGGCUCUGAUUUGAAUCUUAACUGACCCAAUUUCCUACUCAAAUAAACAUCGCUUCCAGAUCAUGAUUCCUUUAAUCCAGAAGACCAUGAAGACAUGUUAAAAAUGUGCUGUUACAGAGAGUCCCCUGUAAUAGACACACUCUCAUUUUGUUGUCCUAUGAUCAAUAUUCCCGUGGAAGAUCGAGAGACUUUUACCUUAUGUAGUAUGAUUUUCCAAUAAGGACUGAAAACAUUUUUUAGAGCAGUCAGUUCACUGUGUGCUUUGGUCCUGGACCAUCCACAACUUGCAAUGGGUGUCUGCUCCCCAUGGUGGCAACAGUCAAGACAGAAAUCAGGCACACCUUUGUUAGAUAGCCUCAUGGUUUCAUUGUGUGGGGAAAAUAUUGAUUCAAAAAUGUAUACAAAUCUUUAAGCAGUUGCCUCCACCACACUGGGAGAAUCUAAUGAUAUUAAUCUGAGACAGAACCCUAAAAUGUGGCCUAAAGGUGCCUUUAUUAUAUAAGAUGGUAUCAGGGCAACUAGGUGGUACAUUGGAUAAAGCACCGGCCCUGGAUUCAGGAGGACUUGAGUUCAAAUCCAAACUCAGACACUUGACACUUACUAGCUGUGUGACCCUGGGCAAGUCACUCAACCCUCAUUGUCCACCUUCCCCCAAAAAAGAUGAUAUCCUACAUGGUAUAUAAGGUGGGACUGCCAUGCUCCUAUCCAUCUUUCUAUUUCUCCUCCAGUGUUUUUGUAGACCUGAGAGUCUGGCAUAGGUUCUAGAGGUAAAAUUAAAGUUUAUCCCCGGAAUGUAUCAACUGAAUUUAUCUUUCAAAUCUCAGAACUACGGGCUAGCUAGGUGCCUCAGUGGAUAGAGCACUGGCCCUGGAGUCAGGAGGACCCGAGUUCAAAUCGGGCCUCAGACACUUAACAUUUACUAGCUGUGUGACCCUGGGCAAGUCACUUAACCCCAAUUGCCUCACUAAAACAAACAAACAAAAACAAAUCUCAGAACUAGAAAGGAUCUGAGAGUUAAUCUCUUCCAUUCUCUUGUCAGAUACAUGAAUCCUUUAUAUAAAAUUUUUUUUAAUACUGGCCUACCUGAAAGGUGAUCAUAUAAUCAAGACCAUAUAGUCAUAUUGGGUAUCAAUACUUUUCUAUGCUGUUGGAAAAAGCUGGAGUUGGAGUCAAAUGGAUUUGGGUCUGAAUCUGAUCUUUGAUGCUAUGUAAUCCCAUAAAAAUAGCUUAACAUCUCUGAAACUCACAUCUGCAGAGAGAGAACAAUAUUUGUAAUACCCAUGCUAGGGGUUCUAAUGACCUUGUUCAUAAAAAAUAUCAGCCCUUAUUAGUAUGAAUUUUAAGCUUCAGUUGGUUGCACUUUAUGGAUCUUUAUUUUUUGUUGUAGACUACUUCAUUAGGAAGUGACUUUUUGCCUUUCAUUUAAAAGAUUGUUAGGUAAUUUAAACUAAAUUUUAGUCUUUGACACUGCUAAUUUUUAUAGACAAACAUUACAUACUAGAUGGGAUGCCUUCUCUGAAUUUUCAAUGUGUAAUUUACAUCACUGGAGGGAACAUCCUCAUUGAUGGAGUGCAUGGUUCUCUCUGGUAGGCUGAUCAUAGGUCAUAUAUUCCAGAGGGACUUCAGAGGCAGGCAAGUCCAUGCCCCCUCACUUUACACAGGAGGAAAGUGAGACUGAUGGAUGUGCAGUAACAUGCCCAAAGCCACGGCAGAGUAAAUACCAGCACAGUAUUUGAAUCUGGGUCCUCUGGCUUCAGAGUCAGUGCUCAUUCCACUGGGGCAUACAGCCUCAUCCAAAUCUUAUGGCUGUCUUUUCAAUGGUACCCAGUUUUUCCCCACUGUAUGAAGUUCAAUUUUACAGCAAUGUCUUAAAUGAGUGAUCUUUUAGCAACAGUAGCAAUCAGUUCCUAGAUACUUGAGGAUGUUCUUUAUAACUGAAGAAAUAUAUGAAAUGAUAAAAAUUUGUAUCUGUAUGAUAGCAACAGUGUCGUUGAUCAGGGAAUUCAACUUGUAAUUUUUUUAUGUCUGUAAUUCAACCUGGUUGAAAAGAACAGUCAUAUCAAAGUACAGAGAUUACUAUACUGGUUGUAUUUUGCAAAUAAACUAUUUUCCAGAGAAAAAGUAA